AUGAACGUGGAGUACCAGUUUGGGGGUCAGAUUGGUCCUGGGGGGAACAUCUGUCCUCCAGCCGAUGUCCUGUUCUCCGACAUCGCCAACGUCCAGACGCUCUUCGCCUCCAGGUGGCCCCUUACCACCAUCACCGAUGAAACUUCAAGCAAGGAGAGCGGUUACAACUACGACUACGUUGCUGAUGGCAAUGCCGGAGCUGUCUGGAACUACGGAUCCGACUUCGGCGGAGGAUCUGACAGUCCCAGCGAUCACAAGAUCUUCGGUAAGUUCGGAGUGACCGACAGUGCCUACAGCAACAUCAAGCUCUGCCCUGGCACCGCCGGCGCCUCCUGCUCUGGAUAA